UUUAUCUUCUUCACUUGGUUUUUUAACAGAAGCGGAGGACAGCAUGGCGAACAAGGAUCCCGGAGGUUUUCUGCAGCAGCUGCGGCAGAUCGCCGGCAGGAUGUCGUCGGGACCUCGAGGUGCAGGAAUCGGUCUCAAGCUGCUGGUGGGAGCCGGAGCUCUGGCUUAUGGAGUGAAGGAGGCCACGUACACAGUUGAAGGAGGACACCGUGCCAUCAUCUUCAACAGGAUCGGAGGGAUGGAGAUGGACACGGUGCUCGCUGAGGGACUCCAUUUCAGGAUCCCCUGGUUCCAAUACCCGAUCAUCUACGACAUCCGGGCCCGACCCAGAAAGAUCUCCUCCCUGACGGGAAGCAAAGACCUCCAGAUGGUGAACCUGACGCUGCGAGUUCUGUCCCGGCCGCUGGCGUCCAACCUGCCCACCCUUUACCAGCAGCUGGGACAAGACUACGACGAGCGCGUGCUGCCCUCCAUCGUCAACGAGGUGCUGAAGAGCGUGGUGGCGAAGUUCAACGCCUCGCAGCUCAUCACGCAGAGAGCACAGGUCUCUCUACUGAUCCGCAGAGAACUGUUCGAGCGGGCCAAAGACUUUAACAUCAUCUUGGACGACGUGGCCAUCACCGAUCUGAGCUUCAGUCGAGAGUACACGGCCGCCGUGGAGGCCAAACAAGUCGCCCAGCAGGAGGCGCAGCGAGCUCAGUUCUACGUAGAAAAGGCCAAACAGGAGCAGAGACAGAAGAUCAUUCAGGCUGAAGGAGAAGCUCAGGCUGCCAAGAUGCUGGGCGAGGCCGUGACCAAGAACCCAGGUUACCUGAAACUCAGGAAGAUCCGGGCGGCGCAGAACAUCGCCAAGACGGUGGCGCAGUCCCAGAACAAAGUGUACCUGAACGCCGACAGCCUGGUGCUCAACCUGCAGGACAAAGACAGCUUUAAUUUGUCCUUGUUGAAGUAGGACGUCUCUCCACCGGCCUGUCUUUCCUUCAGUUCUGCUUCUGCAUCAGGAAUCCUGUCCGCCGACUCCACAGCAGGUUUCUGUCCACCACUUCCAACGCUGGCCUCCACUAUCUGAAAACCUGUUUUCCACUGAAGACGAACUUCCCUUUGAUUUUUAGUUUACGUUAAAAACUUCCUCUUCAGAUGUGGAACCAGUUGCAUGAAACCAGGAACCCGGAGCGGUGGAUUCACAUCCCCAUGAGACGCCGUGCAGCAGCACCACAGACGGACUGGUUCUAGACCGGUGUAGAUGUUAACACGUUAAGUCGGCCCCCAGCUGGAGUCGCACUGGGACCAGAAACAGACCAACAUGGCGGAGCUCCUCGUUAUGCGAGCGUGUCGGGUUGAGGUCAUGAACCAGGUCAGCUGCAGCGUUUCACCGAGUAAAACCUCAAACGUUGAGUCACAGCCGGCCGCUCAGUGUGUGUCGACGUACAGCACACACACAUUUCUGGUAGAAAUGAAGCGUUUCUUUGGUUGUUCUGUGUGUUUAUGUCAACAUUGAAGAACUGAUUGAAUUAAUAAAUACAUUUCUGGGCUUUUU